AUGAAAGGAUUUCUUAUAAUCUGCCUGAUUCACACUACCUUAUGGGUUAAAAUCGUUUUCUCAUUGGAAUGCUAUGUUUGUUUGACGCCCACUCCCAGCGAUCAGUGCACAGCGACGAGGAACUGCUCCGCCAAGGACAACUGGUGCUUCUCCACUGUCUAUGGUCCUACGGAAUCUGGUUACCCUUUUCGGGGCGAUAGGAACGUGAUCCAAGACUGUGCAGAAAAAUGCAAGCCCAGUAACCCGAAUUAUUUGGAUUCAGGAGCAGGGGAGGACUAG